AACAUGAUGGCUGCGGGAAGGCUCGCUGGAACUGGAAGAAAUCUCGUCAUAACUAGAACGAUGAGUGGUAAUUAAAAGUGUCUGGUGUAAGGGCGAGUUGCGGGCUUAUAUAGGGUCGCUGGAAGGCUGCGUCGUCUUUAGUGGUCGUCGUUGCCGCCCGACCGGACGCGCUGCCGCGCCGCUCACUUUAGCCGCAACACCGCGAAACGAAACGCCGGUGCGCGAAAAUAAAACAAAACAUAAAAACAAUAGAAUCUCAUUAAAAAAAAUACAGAUUAUUUCUUUGUUUUCUCUGUGACUGACUGUGUUUGUGAAGUGAGUUUUUAUCGGAAUCGGAAGUUUUAAUUGUCUAUUCACAAAACAGACGUUUUAAGGUUAAGGGAUCAACAAACUAUGUGGUUGCACAAAGCUGCUACUGAGAUCUUCAAACUGUGCGACCUUACAACGUACAUAACGCCUUGUCGGUAGUCCACCGGCAUAUGACUAUUGAAACAGUCAAAAUGGAAGAUAACAGUCCUAGGUUCACAGUAUCGGCCGUGGAGCCGGAAUCAAAGAAAAAUGGUAUCCACAUGGGAGCCAGCAUCAUCUCGCGGCCGCUCCGAUCCUCGGCGGAGACUGCCGAGCGUGGCGUGGCGGUGGUCGCGCCCAGCCAACCGGACACAUGGCUACAUGAUGCCGGGUGGCGUCGGAAACGGUCAUUGGCACAGCUCACGAGGGAAGCGCUGCCAAGAAUGGAGAACUAUAGGAAUUCGAAAAGGGCGCUCAAGAGGCCGAGCCUGGGCGAGCUGCAUGGGGACCAUCUAAUUACUGAAGAGGACGAGAGGGACACGAAGCGCGACACCAAGUCACCGACGCCGGCCAUCGGAAUUAAAUUAGGAUGGAUCCAAGGCGUGCUAAUACCAUGUCUGCUCAACAUCUGGGGCGUGAUGCUGUUCCUGCGCAUCUCGUGGGUGGUGUCGCAGGCGGGCAUCGGACUGUCGCUGGUCAUCAUCGCCAUCUCAGCCGUCGUGUGCGUCAUCACAACACUAUCCAUGAGCGCUAUAUGCACAAACGGCGAAGUCAAAGGAGGCGGCAUCUACUACAUCAUCUCCCGCUCCCUCGGCCCCGAGUUCGGCGCGUCCGUCGGCAUCAUCUUUGCGUUCGCCAACGCAGUGGCGGCCAGCAUGAACACCAUCGGCUUCUGCGACUCACUCAACGACCUGCUAGGCCCCGGCGGGGGCAUCUUCUCAGACAAGAUGAAUGAUACAAGGCUGAUCGGGAGCAUUGCUCUGCUGGUCAUGUGCAUCAUUUGCGCGGUUGGCAUGGAUUGGGAGAGCAAGGCUCAGAACUUCCUGAUCGCAAUCAUCAUCGCUGCAAUAGUGGACUUCGUGGUCGGAACACUCAUGGGACCACAAGAUAACGUGUCCAUCGCGCGCGGCUUCGUAGGACUCAGCGCGGAAACGUUCAGCAGCAACUUCCAGCCGGACUGGCGGUUCAGCGAAGGCCUGAACCAGGACUUCUUCAGCGUUUUCGCCAUCUUCUUCCCAUCGGUCACCGGUAUCCAGGCGGGCGCCAACAUCUCCGGCGACCUCAAGGAUCCAGCGUCAGCCAUUCCGAAAGGCACGCUGCUAUCCCUCCUCAUUUCCAUGAUAAGCUACGCCCUAAUGGUCCUAUUCUCCGGCGGCGGCGCCCUGCGGGAUGCUAGUGGCAACAUCACCGAUCUCAUCAUUUCCAAUGGCACAUUUAUGGACCUGGGAACUGUCUCCGACUGUGCUAACACUACGGGUGGAUGUCCGCAUGGACUGCACAAUGAUUAUUCCGUUAUGCAACUGAUGUCAGCAUGGGGCCCCCUGAUAUACGGCGGCUGCUGGGCGGCGACGCUGUCCACCGCGCUGACCAACCUGCUGUCAGUCCCGCGGCUCAUCCAAGCGCUGGGCGUGGACCGCAUCUACCCUGGCCUCAUCUUCUUCUCCAAGGGCUACGGGAAGCAUGGCGAGCCUUACCGCGGAUACGUGCUCACGUUUUUGGUUUCACUUAUAUUCUUACUUAUCGCUGACCUGAACACCAUCGCACCACUGAUCUCCAAUUUCUACCUGGCCUCGUACGCGCUCAUCAACUUCUGUACUUUCCACGCGGCACUCGUGCGCCCGCUGGGUUGGCGCCCUACUUUCAGGUUCUACAACAUGUGGAUAUCGCUGGCCGGGUUCCUGAUGUGCGUGGCGAUCAUGUUGCUUAUCAGCUGGAAAAUGUCACUCAUCACCUUCGCCAUCUUCCUGACGCUCUAUCUCAUCGUACAUUAUCGGAAGCCAGACGUAAACUGGGGCAGCAGUACCCAAGCUCAGAUGUACAAGACGGCGCUAUCGAGUGCGCACAACUUGGCCCGCACCGGGGAACACGUGAAGAACUAUUCGCCGCAGCUAUUGGUGCUGGCUGGUCGGCCGCAGGCUCGGCCGGCGCUCAUAGAUCUGGGCCACCUCAUCACAAAGGCUGGCUCGCUGAUGAUUGUCGGAGACGUAACGCAGGGCAAGCUAUCCUACAAGGAGCGUAGCGCACGCGCCCGAUCCAACGACGAGUGGCUGCGCGGGCGCAAGAUCAAGGCGUUCAACGCCAGCGUGCACGGCUUCAACUUCGAGCAGGGCGCGCGGGCGCUCAUACAGGCGGCCGGGGUUGGCCGGCUGUCGCCGAAUGUCAUGCUGAUGGGAUACAAGGCGGACUGGGCCACGGCGCCCGCCAGCGAUCUUGAGGCUUACUUCAAUGUGCUACACACGGCAUUCGAGAACCGUCUAGCCGUUGCGAUCCUUCGCGUGGCCGGCGGGUUGGACUACGGGCCGGUGACGGCGGAGGACGCUCCGGUCACGGGACUCACGGCCACUUCGAGUGGUAGCGGCGACCUCCGGGUGCGCUCGCCCAAUAUUAUGAUGCACGCUGACUCCGACCUCGACAUACGGGGGGAUUCACAGCCUUCCAGCAGGCAUAAUCUGCAGAGUUUGUUGACUAUGACAACUUCGCGAUCGUUCACAAUAUCGGAAGGCAAAGAGAACGGCAAGAAGAAGCCGAUGGACAUCCAUCGGCAAAUCGUCUACAAGGCGUCCAACGGCGUCGAGCUCUCUAAGGAUCAACUUUCACAGAUGACCAUUUUCCAGAAGAAACAGGAAUCAGGUACUCUGGACGUAUGGUGGUUGUACGACGAUGGCGGUCUGACGAUCCUGUUACCAUACAUCCUGUCGCAGCGCACUGCGUGGUCGCACUGCAAGCUGCGCGUCUUCGCACUCGCCAACCGCCGUCACGAGCUGGAGCUGGAAGAGAGGAACAUGGCGAACCUGUUGUCGAAGUUCCGUAUCGACUAUUCAUCACUGACCAUGGUGCAGGACAUCACCGAAGCUCCGCAGCCCGAGACGAAGAAAAUGUUCGACGACCUCGUCUCCAAAUUCGCUGACACAAACGAAGGGCCCGAAUGUAAAAUAAGCGAGGUGGAGCUGUUAACGUUGGCCGAGAAGACGAACCGACAGCUGCGGCUGCGGGAGCUACUGCUGGAGAAGUCCAAGGACGCCAACCUGGUGGUCAUGUCCCUGCCGAUGCCUAGGAAGGGUUCUGUGUCAGCUCCGCUGUACAUGGCGUGGCUUGAGGUGUUGAGCCGCGACCUGCCGCCCAUGCUGUUCGUGCGAGGCAACCACACCUCCGUGCUCACCUUCUACUCGUAAACGAUCCAUGCACAAACUUGCUAAACACGAAUUUUGUGUUAAAAAGACAUUAUAAUGAACCCUUAAACCUCGUACAGCACAAA